GGGGGAGAGGGAGUGUUGUGUGAAAGGAGUGCAGGCCAACGAGGGAGACAAAAGAGGCUGCGGCUGCAUUCAAUGUGCUGCUGUUGUGUUGCGUGUCCGUCUGCGAGCCGCUCCUCCUCCUCUUCGCCAAGAAAGAAAGAACAAGAAAGAGAGAAAAAAGAGAGAGGGGCUAACCGAUAUCGCUGGACCUAUCCUCAAGUUUUGGGAGACUUUCGUGGAGAGGGACCAACCCCCUUCGUACUGAGGAAGUCUUCCAAGCAGGACCGGUUCCUUGCUCCCUCCUGCCCCGGCCCUCACGCGACGAGAGCGGGGCGGCGGGUGCUCCGGGAGAGCCGCGAUAGUCGGAACAAAGGAAGGCGAGAGGAAUGAGCGAGCCCUCGGAACAGCUUCCUUGCCAAAUGUCCCACUAAAAAAACAAAACAAAAACAAAAAAUACAAAAGCUCUCCUCGUAUUGCUCGAGCAAGAUUUUCCGCCUCACCGGGGGACAAGAAGGACAAUAACCGUCCGGAGACGCACGUUUUGCCGGCACAAUGUUCCCUCAAAACCGAGCACCGGCACCUCUCCAGCCACCCCCGGGGUCUUCGGCCUCCGUGGUAGCGGCGGCGGCAGCAGCAGCCGCGGCAUCGGGGACCCCCCAGUCGCUGAAGCUGACGUACCCGGAGACUCUGGACCGCAUCAAGGAGGAGUUCCAGUUCCUGCAGACCCAGUACCACAGUUUGAAGCUGGAAUGUGAGAAACUGGCCACCGAGAAGACUGAGAUCCAGAGACACUACGUUAUGUAUUACGAGAUGUCCUACGGUCUUAACAUCGAAAUGCACAAACAGACGGAGAUUGCCAAACGGCUGAACGUGAUCUGUGCUCAACUCAUCCCAUUCCUGUCACAGGAGCACCAGCAACAGGUGGUCCAAGCUAUGGAGCGCGCCAAACAGGUGACCAUGGGGGAGUUAAAUGCUUCCAUAGGGCAGCAGCUUCAAGCGCAACACCUCUCGCAGCACGCACAGGGUCUGCUGGUGGGCCCGCACCCGUCGGGACUUGCAUCACCCGGCCUGGCGCUGGGCGGGGGCUCCGGGCUGCUGGCCCUGUCGGGGGCUCUGGGGGCCCAGCUGGCCGCCAAAGACGAGAGGGCUCACCUGGAGGCCGCCGCCGCUGCAGCCGCCGAGCAUCACAGAGACCGGGAAGCAGGACCAAGCUCUCUGUCCAAUGGGGACAAAGGUCGCCCUGCAGACUACCUCAGCAACGGCAAGAAGAGGAAAGCUGACGAGAAGGAGUUCAUGACGGACUAUGGCAGCGAUGCAGAUAAAAGCGACGAUAACUUGGUGGUUGACGAGGACCCGUCGUCGCCCCGUAGCGUGCAGUCCUACUCAUCCAGGGAAAACGGCCUGGACAAGAUGCCGCCCUCUCGCAAGGAAGGCCCUCCACAGGCCAGCCCCACCUCGCUGGCGUCCUCCAGCAGCGCCACGUCACCGUCGCGUGGCAAGGAGUCUACGCAGAGAGAGAAAUCCAGUACUCCAGGUAUGAAGCCCGGCACCCCAAUGUCCCAAGAGUCUAAUACCCCUGGACCCAGUGCACCGCCACAAUUCAGACCCAUCCCUGGCAAACCCGGUGUCGACCCGCUGGCUCUUGGUCUGAGGAACCCCCUGGUCGUGCAGGGAGCGUACCCUCCGGGGGCUUUCGGUCUGCCCCCUCCCGGGGCGAACGGGGACCUGCCCGGGGCGGCGGCAUACAGCGCCGGCCUCCACCUGGUCUCCCCGCAGAUGAACGGAGCGGCGGCGGCGGCGGCCGCCGCCGCGGCCGCGGCGGUGGGAUACGGACGCUCCCCAGUGGUGGGGUAUGAGUCUCCACACACACACAUGAGAGUGCCCGGCUUGCCCGCCAGCCUGCAGUCAGCCGCCUCUGGAAAACCGGCUUACUCGUUCCACGUGAGCGCAGACGGGCAGAUGCAGCCGGUGCCCUUUCCCCCCGACGCCCUGCUGGGCCCGGGCAUCCCUCGCCACGCCCGGCAGAUCCACAGCCUGAGCCACGGCGAGGUGGUGUGCGCCGUCACCAUCAGCACGUCCACGCGUCACGUCUACACGGGGGGCAAAGGCUGCGUCAAGGUCUGGGACAUCAGCCAGCCGGGCAGCAAGAGUCCCAUGGCCCAGCUCGACUGUCUGAACCGCGACAACUACAUCCGCUCGUGCAAGCUGCUGUCGGACGGCCGCACGCUGAUCGUGGGCGGCGAGGCCAGCACGCUGUCCAUCUGGGACCUGGCCACGCCCACCCCUCGCAUCAAAGCCGAGCUGACGUCGUCGGCGCCCGCCUGCUACGCUCUGGCCAUCUCGCCCGACAACAAGGUGUGCUUCUCCUGCUGCAGCGACGGAAACAUCGUCGUCUGGGACCUGCACAACCAGACGCUCGUCAGACAGUUCCAGGGCCACACGGACGGAGCGAGCUGCAUCGACAUCUCCAACGACGGCACCAAGCUGUGGACGGGCGGACUGGACAACACGGUGCGCUGCUGGGACCUGAGGGAGGGACGGCAGCUGCAGCAGCACGACUUCACCUCACAGAUCUUCUCCUUGGGUUACUGUCCGACGGGCGAGUGGCUGGCGGUGGGCAUGGAGAGCAGCAACGUGGAAGUCCUGCACGUGUCCAAGCCCGACAAGUACCAGCUGCACCUUCACGAGAGCUGCGUGCUCUCGCUCAAGUUCGCCUACUGCGGUAAAUGGUUUGUGAGCACGGGCAAAGACAACCUGCUGAACGCGUGGCGGACGCCUUACGGCUCCAGCAUAUUCCAGUCGAAGGAGUCGUCGUCGGUGCUGAGCUGUGACAUCUCCCCUGACGACCAGUUCAUCGUGACUGGCUCGGGGGACAAGAAGGCCACCGUGUACGAAGUCAUCUACUGAACUGCGUCAUCAAUGCACACAUGACUGUACACGGUGGAAACCAGACACUCGACUACUUUUUUGUUUGUUUGUUUGUGAAAGAAUGAUCAGAAAAGACUCCAAACUGUUUUUUAAUGCUUCGAGAAGAAUAGCUGAGAAAGUGUGGGGUUCCUCCAAAGAAGUUUCCUUUUUAUUUCUUAACAAAAUAAAACCUCUGUAGUGGACAUUAGCAACAUAACAUAUUUUUUUAGCUUUUUUUUAAAAUUUUAUUUUAUUUUUUUUAAUUCGUGGACCACAAUGAGACGGACGGGACAAAAGGAGACACGGGAAGGCGGCUUCGAAACUCGGCCCGCUUCGGACAAGCCUCGGUUAUGCUCGUACCUAAUUUUUUGGGGUCGGGCUACAGCAGCAAACCUGAUUGUACAGUCUCCAGAAGGCACAACAACGCGUGUCGUCAAAUGUUGCUGUUUUUAUUUGUUUGGGGUUUCUUUUGUUUUGUUUUUAAUAAAACAUGACUCGGCAGUUCUACCAGAGACGUGACAACGGAGCAACACUUUCUGCUUCAUGUUCAAGAUUCAUUGUUGUUUGCUGGCUUCUAUAUGGAUGUAAAUAAAGUUCUCUAAAGGCAA